UACAUGCUAUCUGGGACAUAUUUUAACGCCAUAUAUUAUAUACCAAAUGUUAUUAGAAAGAUCUAAGUAAAUUUUAACACCAGAUAGAAACAGAAUUUUACGAUCUAUAACAUUAAAACGCAGUCGAACUAGAACUAUUCUAAUAACUUACUAGAUGUGGUAACUGUUUGACUUCACAAUAAAGUUACAUGUAUUUAAAUAGAUAUAACUGUAUACAUUUUCUAUUUCAGUUGAUAAGCAAUGUCUUCUCCGCGCAGGCAAUGUGAGAUGAAAAUUCCUGAAGGUCUGAUAGAGAAAAUGGAAAGCCUCCCUGGUGGGAUUCGACCCGUUUUGGCAAAGAUAGAAAAGGAAUUCGGACUAUCCACCACCAGCUUCACAAGUUUAGGGUCUAAGUGCUACAUAAUUGUUGGACCUAACCCGGAUAUUUUGGAACUGGCCAUAGAGACUCUAUUAAGACGAUUUUUCUCCAUAGAAGACAAAGCGUCCGAUAUAUCUGGAGAGAUUGAUUCCGGGCGUAGAGCAGUCUGGAAAUUCCAAGGAGACUACGCCGUCAAAGCUAGCCAGCUUUUCAGGGCUGAAAUAGAAGACAUAAACAGGAUACGUUCAGUUCAUUUACAUGUAUCUCCACUAAAACUUGAGUUUACAGCAAGUUAUGACGAUGUAGAACAAGUUAAAGCCAAAGUGAACCAGUUGCAGUCAGACAUUGACAACCUAUUGCAAGCAGACAUUCCUAUCAUAAGCUCGCAUUCAGAAAUCAUUCGUCUGAGAGAAUUCAUCCAGAGAAAAUUAAGAUACGACCAGACGGUGGUUUGUAUAUUAAACGAGCAACAGGAGAAGUUUACGGUGUUUGCAAAAACUGAAGACUGUCUACGAAAAGUAAUGAAUGAAUGGGCUUCAACUUCACGAGCAAAUUCUCAAGCGCGACGAGCGUCUCCGAGUUUUUCUUACGCAUCCAGCAUACCACACCCUCGGUUCAGGAGUGAAAUGAAGAUUCCUGGCGGUAUUGUUAAGAAAUUGGAAAAACAGCGCGGAGGAAUCAGCUAUAUAAUAAGUGAUAUUGAAAAAGAAUUUGGUCUUAAAGUUGAUUAUGUCAGAAAGAAGCAUCUCACUAUAUAUGGGCCUCAUCUUGAUAUUUUAGAACUUGCAGCGCAAACCUUAAUUCACCGCUAUGUUAUCAAAUCACAUCCAGAAAAUGGCGUUGUAGGACUGUUACAGGGACAAAACGCUGUGUGGAGAUUUAUAGGCACAUACGCGAAAAAAGUAGUACACCUCUUUGCUAAAGAUAUCCGUUGUAUACGCCGAAUUAGAACAGUAACCGUAAAGGCAACUCCAAGCAAAGUAAAUCCAACUUGUAUGGAAAUUCUAUGCAGUGUACGUGUUGUAGAGAUAGUGAAAUCACAAGUAGAGAAGCUGGUUGGACUUGUUCAUAAUUUGUUCGAGAAGGAAGUACAGGUAGCUCCUGAUGCAGAGGAAACCAUCCGGGUGAAGCGUAUACUGAUCGAAAAAAAUAAAUCAAAAGAGGUGCUAUGUAUAUUUGAUGAAAAGACUAGGAAACUUAAUGUUGUAGGCAAAAGUGAAAUUCCUGUAUUACAGGUGAUUAAUGAGUUCCAGCUGUGGCACAGAAAGCACGUGAAAGAAGAAAUGAUGCCCGAGCAAUAUAGGCACAUGUACCGCCACCUUUAUCAGAUGAGAAUCGCAGACGAGACAGUACACAAACUAGAAAAUCAACCUGGAGGGAUCAUGCCGUUGAUAGACAGAAUAGAAAGAGAGUACGGAGUAAAUACAUUGUUUCACAAAAACAAGCAAAUGAUUUUGAUAAGCCCAUCUGUAGAAGUUCUUGAAUUAGUGCACGAGACUUUAGAAUCACGGUACGUUCAUGACGAAAAUAACACAAACAACACUACCGAGGAAGAAGUCAAGGAAGCGGAAGAAGAAAAUAAAAGCCCAGAUGACAAAGAAAGUGGUACAGAUGCGUCCGAGUUAGACACUGAUGUACAUACAAUACAUAAUAGGCAUUAUUCACCAGGCAAGUCACGUGGUCGUUCUAGACAACCUAAAAAGUCAAUGCAAAGAAAUCCGUCAAGGUCACCAAAUAAGAAAUCGAAGAAGGUUGUGUUUGCUUAAAAGCCACAUGUGAUGUUGUCAUAGAUUUGUAGAAAUAAAUCAAUAACGUUUUAAGCAUCAUCUCAGUCAAAUGAAAUAUCAAUUCAACUGUUUUGUGUCUACAAAAACAUGGUACAAUUUACAAAAACAGUCUAUUUUAGCUGAAUGGAAACAGACAAUUCUGGAGAAACAUUCAAACCUAGCGCUUAAGACUUUUAGUGUAUAUUUGCAUGAAGUGUUAUGAAAAAAAAUCGUAAUAUAUACAUGCAUGUUUUAGUUUGUUCAAGUUAGUUUUAAAAGAUGCGUUAU